AUGGUGGCCAAACGGCACGCGCCCUUUCAACCCAAAUAUGGCGUGGAACUGGGUCUGCGGGUGAGAACCCGGGACCCGGCGACAAACGAGGUCAACUCGGCGACGUGCAUGUUUUGCCAGCUGUUUGGGCGUGAGAAUAAGCCUGGCGCGCUGCGGCGGCCUACGGGUAAAGUAGCGGUUUUUAAGCCGCCGUUCCGCAAAGACGCGAUCCAGUUCCACCACGUGGGACAGCACGCCACGCGAUGGGCUGAAUAUUGCGCUCUCUUAAGUAACGAUAGCAGACGGGCGUUUUGGACUUCAGCAAGUGGCUCGACGGACAUUUUGGCCAAUGAGACCAACGGGCUUAGCGACCGACCUUUGAAAACUGCUCGGUCCACGCCAAAUCUAUUUCUAGAGGUAACUUCAACUUCAAGUGACCGACCGAAACAGCGUGUUACAGCGGUACCUCGAAAGCUACAGGCGACACGGCAUUGGUUGAUAAACCGGGACAUUGUCACUGUGCUAAUUGGUGUAUUCGUGCCAUACAAGUCAUCGCCAGUUACUGCUCGCGAGAUGUACCCAUUGCGUGCAAUGGCUGGUUUUCAGGAUCUAUUGGACGAAACCGAGUCAAGAAGUGGCGACGCAACAGCUGAUGACAUGACGAUUGCGAGAUUUCGCGUUGUAGUGAAGAACCCGACGCAGUUUCAGCAGUUUAUCGACUGUCUCAGUGCAAGUGAGUCACUGACGACUUCGGCAACGAUAUCACUGCAAGCAAGUAACAAACCUGUGAAUGGAAGCUCAAUGCUUGAUGAUCCACGACCGAAGUCAUCUGUAACUGCAGCCGUCACGUAUGCGAGAUUCCUAUGUGCGAUCAAUUUCCAGCAGAUCGCAGAUAUUGCAAAAAGUAGUGGCAUUUAUUCGAUAGGGUUGCAGAUCGUGCCAAUUGCACCUGCAUUGCCCAAUUCAGCGCGAGUGGGGUAUUGCUUGCACUUGCAGCUUCGUGUGUUUGCCAACGGAGAAGUUACGAGCUUUCACGUGCUGUCGGUGCCGUUGAAUAAUUGCCAUCCGUUGAGAUUAGACGAAUUGGAUCGUAUGUUUGACACCAUUGAAGCAGCGCUUGACGUGGUCGUGCCGCGAUGGCGGAAUCUCGUGCUUGCCGUAAUACUUGAGCGCGAAGGCCCCGCAGCUCAAGAGGCACGGACGGGGCUGUGCAAUGCAUUGAUCGGUCGCUUCGAGACUAUUCUAAAGCCUGGAUUUUUGAAGGUAUGCUGCGUUGCUCGGCAGCUCGACUCGCUCAUGCAACACUUCUUCAGCGAGAUUCUAGGCAGUGACGAAGUGUACACAGAACUCACGGCGCUAGUCGCUUACAUAAGUCGGCAACGCGCAUUGCUGAGCACGAUGAAGACAGAAGCUCCAUCGUCUGGCGAUAAUCGAUGGAGAUCAAUCGCAAGUGUCAUGAUUUGGUUCCGACGCUAUAGCGUGAGUAUUCGGGAAUAUCUUAAGAUUCAUCAUGCGACUUGUUCCCCUCACGACACGUGGUGGAUUCGCGUCAUCUUAGCUGCGCGAGUCAGCCAGGAAGUUGUACCAAUGUUGCACGAGUUGUCGAAUUUCUCUACAACGACGGUGUACCCUGAGGAUGCCGUUGUCAAGCUGCGUGCAUCCUUGGUCGACUGGUUCAGUAUCUCUGGGCCACUGGAAUGUAACGAGUCACCUGCGACAAAGACUGCAACUGGACCUCACAAUGAUAGCUCCGUCAUUUCGAAGGACGGCAAGUAUUUGGUCAGCAGCAAUGGUGUUUUUGCAGCAUUGGAAGAUCUGGGAUCAAUCAUUGCCGAUAUGCUGCGUGCUGCCAAGAACAAGGACGAAUUCGCCCAGUCAAUGUUCAAAUCUACAGUAGACGAAAUAGCUGCCAGCGUCGUCGACCUCGUUGCUGGUCUAACUGCAAUCAAGGUCGCCAUGGAUGGAUUCAGUGCGACGCUGUCAGAUUUACCUGCAGUACUUCCCCAAGAUCUCGUGAAAAUGCGUGGGCAACAAUUUACGAAGACGGUCGUGCCUCACAUAGAGCGGCUUCGUCUAGCAGGCUGGACACGGCAAGAGAUCGAAUGGAUUGAGCAGGAAUUCCAGGAUUUGCAUGGGGCAUACUUCCGCGAGACGUCUUUGAAGCUGACACUGGAGUCGUGCGCGAACACCAGUUCAUUUCGUGAUUCGUGGAGUUGUCUCCAGGGUCGGUUUACACAUUUACGGCACUUUUGCGAAAUGAUGGCGACAGCUUAUCCGCUUAGUGGCACCUGGCACGACAUCAACAAUGUAUUUGUAUCCGGCUCAAACUCGUUGGACACAGCAUCAUCUAUCACUAAAUUACCCGGAAACUUGGAAACCGACGUCUCGGACCUAUCAGUUCAAGCUGUUCUCCAAGCCAAACAAUUUCGACGACUACAGGCUGUGAGACUGCAUGUGCAUUUUUAG